UUCCAGCGCCAGUUCGUGAGGAAGUGUUGACCCACGGGAGCGUUUGGACGGCGCCCGCCGGAAAGGAGCUAGUGCCGCGUUCAAGAGGUGAACGAAAGAAAGGGUUACCUGUUUUAUGUCUUCUUAUUCUGGGUUUAUCUUCUGUUUGGUUAAGAACUAUGUCAUGGAUCAAAGAAGGAAAGUUGUCACUGUGGGAGCGGUUCUGUGCCAACAUCAUAAAGGCAGGCCCUAUGCCCAAACACAUUGCAUUUAUAAUGGAUGGGAACCGCCGCUAUGCUAAGAAGUGCCAAGUAGAUCGGAAGGAGGGCCACUUACACGGCUUCAACAAGCUGGCUGAGACUCUUCACUGGUGUUUGAACCUGGGCAUCCGAGAAGUGACGGUCUACGCGUUCAGCAUUGAGAACUUCAAACGCUCCAAAAGUGAAGUAGACGGGCUAAUGGAUAUGGCCCGGCAGAAAUUCAGCCUUUUGCUGGAAGAAAAGGAGAAACUGGAGAAGCAUGGGGUAUGUAUCCGGGUCCUGGGUGAUCUGCAUUUGCUGCCCUUGGAUAUCCAGGAACUGAUUGCACAAGCUGUGCAGGGCACCAAGAACUACAACCAGUGUUUCUUGAACAUCUGCUUUGCAUACACGUCCCGUUAUGAGAUCAGCAGUGCUGUGAGAGAGAUGGCCUGGGGAGUGGAGCAAGGCCUGCUGGAUCCCAGUGAUGUCUCUGAGUCUCUGCUUGAUAAGUGCCUCUAUACCUGCCAUUCUCCUAAUCCUGACAUCCUGAUACGGACUUCCGGAGAAGUGAGGCUAAGCGACUUCCUCCUCUGGCAGGCCUCCCACUCCUGCCUGGUGUUCCAGCCUAUUCUGUGGCCAGAGUACGUGUUUUGGAACCUCUGUGAGGCCAUCCUGCAGUUCCAGAUGAACCAUAGCAUGCUUCAGCAGAAGGCCCGAGACAUGUACACAGAGGAGCGGAAGAGGCAGCAGCUGGAGAGGGACCAGGCUGCAGUGACAGAGCAGCUGCUGCAGGAGGGGCUCCAGGCCAGUGGGGACGCCCAGCUCCGACGGACACGCUUGCACAAACUCUCAGCCAGACGGGAAGAGCGAGUCCAAGGCUUCCUGCAGGCCUUGGAACUCAAGCGGGCUGACUGGCUGGCACAUCUGGGCACUGCAUCAGCCUGAGUGAGGCUGGCCUCCUGCCACUUUGCCCUGCCCUCUGCCUACAGGGCCCCACUCCCCUUUUUUUUUCUUGAUGAAGGGCACCUCCCUCCUGAUGAUAAAUUGUUUCCUUUGCUUGGUGGGGAGCCCCAGAGGCCAGUUUAUGAGGGCCAUAGAUACCUUUGGGUUGCCUGGGACAGUAGCCCCUGGGGAGGGUUAAGGGUGAGAGUCUCCCACAAGUACACUAAACCCAGCUCUGGUCACCAAUAGGUUUGGAGAGCAGAGGGCUCCCGGCUCUUCUGCUGCCUGCUCCUUCCGCCUUUGCCACCUCUACCUGUGCUCCUAGAUGCACUUUCUUUUUCCACCAGCACGUCUUUCAACACAGAAUAGCGGGGAAUAGGUCUCCCCAAAACCCUCGUCCUGUACCCAUCCAUCUUGGCCUUCCACUUGACUUUCACAAAAGAUUUGGCUCCACCUUGGGUCUGCUGGUAAAUAGCUAAUAGGCAGCCAGCGUCAUUUGGACAAGGAAGGGGAGGGAGAGACAAAAUUUGCCCAUCUGCUGCUCCUCCUCCUUGGCUCUCCACCUGGGAUUUGCUAUUGAAUCUCUACCCCUCCCACCACGCAGUGCUGAUUGCUCAGUGAAAGGCUCAGCGCCCCCAAUGGCGCACGGAAGCCAGGCAGUGAUUACAAUCCAAUUACCUAUUGUCGACUCAGCCCACACAAGCUUUCCUCCUCUUGCAGGGCCCAGGGCCAGGCUCCACUCCCUAGUGAGACCAGCCCCCUCUAUGGCUCCAGGGUAAAAGAAAGGCCUGUAGGCCCUGGUGAAUCUAGUCCAGCACAAGCCUCCUUCCCUGGAACACAUCAGUACCAAGAGCACAAAAACAAGCACUUCCCAACUGACUGCCUCCUGCCCUCACCAUCUCAGACUCUGCUUCCCACCUCCUCAAUCUUUGCGGCUUCUCUCAGCUUUUUGACCUGGUCCUAAAUAGGUCCUAAAUAGGCCGAGAAUGUAUUUUCAGCAUGGCAGAGUCUCAAUUUAUGAGGGCCAAGGCUGCCCAGCAGGAAAAAGAGGGUCAAGUUCAGGGCUCUGUCCUUUCCCUUCUCUCCCUGCCAGGCCUCACUGCAGAUAGGAUUAGUGCCUUUGAAGAGCUGUCCGCCUGAGCAACUGUGCUUCAGGUGCCCCAUCGCAGCAAGCACCAGCCCGUAACACCAAUGGCUACUCUGUUUAGUCUUGCCAUUUUACUUUCUGCAAACUCCCCAGCAUUUCCCUCUAGGGGAGAGGCAGGGUCUUGCAAGACGUGCUAGAGUAUACUCUUUAAUCCCCUGACUUUCCUAUAGUCUCCUCACCGCCUUCCUGUGCCUGGAUACCUGGCACAAGAGACCCCUUGGCUAUCAUCGCUGCUUCCGGAAUCAAACUUAAAUGCCAGACACUGCGAUCGAGAAGCCAAUCAAUGCACCCUUUGGCAAGCCCCCCACACACCUGGCACAGGGUUCCCAGAGAGCAGGUGCUGUACAUUUUCCAGCUUUACAAUGGGGCUGUUGACAGCCUUAAUUAGGGAGGCAUGAAUUACGGGGCUAUAAUGCAGAGCCCUACAAUUAAGGCGGGAAUGAGGGGCUGGAGGCAGCAAAAGAAUCUGCCCUGUGAGCAUGGCUGAGUCCUGUCUCCGUUCUGGGUUUUCCCUAAUAUGAUUGGGGUUCAGAAGUGAUUAAUGGGGCUGGUAUCUCUUUUGCCUGAGGUCCUGUAUUCUGGGAAAGGUACAGAAUGGGGUGGGGUGGGGAGGGGCUGCCUCAGGAACACUGUAGGGGUUGGAAGAAGAGGCUGAGAGGCCACUGCUGCCCAGGAACGGGCUGCAAAUAGUUGAUUUGAACUUCUGGUUGCUUUCUACCGGUAUAACUUGUACAAACCAGCUUCCACCCUUGCCUCAAUAAACUAGGUGGACCUAUUUAAAUGACCUUCCCACCUGUGAGUCAAGCCCCCA